UUCUGUUGACGGUUUUUUUUUUCAUCGCCAACCUGCUGACUCAACUCUCAACAUCUUACCCGUUAGAGUUCCGGGACUUUUCACCCUCGGUCGCUUCAUGCAUGGGACUUGGACUGCAUUACGCUAAUGCUUCACUUUGGACAAAAUAAUUUUGACAUUUGCGAUGCGUCUAUACGAUGAUGUCAAGAGAGACUAACGAGACUUGAGCCAUGUCCAGACCACUACGCACAACGAUAGUCAUGGACAACAUUCCAUCGGACUGGAUCAUCGGAAUAGAUUUCAACUUCUUCAACUCCAACAGUAUCCUUAGGGGUAUAAAGCUCAUUGGUCAAGGCCUACACGUUGUGCACUGGGCCCAGGACAGUUCCAGUAUAAGGUCUGGUUACUACUUCAACGCUCAAGAGGGCGACGUUCUGGUGAUGUACUGGGACACUGCUAACGAGACCAUGCUUAUAGGGGAUGAGGUUGGUGAAGUGAACAUCAAGAGGCACAUGGAGUCGUUAUCACAGUACUACCCAUAUAUGGUUGGCUACCCCAACGGUGUGUCGCAGUGGUUGAGACAGGUAAGGCACCUCAAGUGGAAUCAGGUGGAGUACAUCUUACCCCAUGGACGAAUUGAUAGUGUGGUGACGUCGACAGACGAGAACAACUUACUUCUGAAGACAUUGCAGUCGUAUUCGAAGAACAAGAACAUCUCAAACGACCCUAUCGUCAACUCCAUCAUUGACCAAAGCGAUGUCGAGCUCAAGUUCACCCUCAUUGAUCUCAGUAGCCAAAUAAGGCCGAACAGCUCACCGGAGCAGAAGACCAAAGAUUCACUGGACUCGUCGUGGUUUGUGAGGACUCUGCUGGUCACUGGGUUUAACAACAACGAGGAUUCCCUAAUGGGAGAAUUCGAGCUGGCGUACGUGAAUAUGGUGAUCUUCGCCAAUUACAGCUGUUCUGUCCAGUGGCUGAAGAUUAUGAAAGUGAUGUUGAAUUGCAAGGAGUUGGUCUCGGAAAGAGUGUCCUUGUUUGACAAGUUUGUAUCCCAGUUGUACGCCAUGUUCGAACAGUUCCCAGAGGAGUACUUUACUGAAUUCGUCGAUGACUCCUUUCUAGAGACUAACGUCGGUGAGUUUGACUUCACUGUGAAGGAGCUGGGGCUACACGCACUCGUGAGGAAAGUAAUAGACCUGAAGCAACUCCUCUCCCUGAGGUUUGGAGUGGUAAUCCAAGGACUCGUGGAAGAUGACGAGGACGGCCCUGUUAUCGUUGAUCUAUGAAUGGUUGAUUCUCAUAGUUAGCCAUGGCAUCUCUUUCUUUGUAUAUUAGUAGUCAUGAAUCUAUGUACAAGAAGCCCUGGUAU